UACUGCGCGCGCAUGUUCAAAAAGAUGGCGGAAGUUUCGACUAGAUAAAACAAUUUUACAACUAUUUUUUCACAUAAAACGCCUUUUAACAGUUAUUUUUCAUUUCUAAAUAGUGUCUUGAAUUUUCUAAGAUUAUUUUUGUAGUGUUCUAAUAGGAGUGGACACGGAAAUUGCGUGUGGAAGUGUGUGGCAAAAUGUGAAAGUUUCUUCGUAUAAGAAAACAGUGAUCGUGUUUUUUUACGUGGUAUCCUACAUAUUUCUGGUUUCUACAGCUGUUUUGCUAUUUAAUAAUCGAUAACCAAAUAAAUGUGACCACCCAUCGAAAAUCAAGCCAAAAACAAAAAAAAACAGUGUUUAGUGAGUGAUGUGAACAAUAAUGUGAAGUGGAAUGGACAACGCUUAGUUUCCCGCCAAAACAAGAUGGCUGUCGUUAUAAAAUGGCGGUCGAGGAGCAUCAGCGCUAUGAUGCUUCUGAUCUUCAUACAAAUUGUCAAUGGUUACGAAGAAACAUUCACUAUAUCACAAUUAUCACCAAAAUCAGCGACAGCAGACCAAAAUCUUCAGGAUGUGGUGAUGCAAACCAGUCUGCCAGAUAGCCUAGGACUUAGAAUAGAACCUAGCGUCAAUUAUGAGGAAGAAGAACAACCAGUGAUUACUCAUGAAGACUUGGAAGAACAUGUUAUAGUAGCCAGAUCUGCAGACCCAGUUAGGGAAUCAAGAUCUAUAAACAUUGAUGAAAUACCAACAUCAAAUAAUGAGAUUGAUAAUCAUUUAGAGUUGCACAAUAAAAGAAAGUACUACGAUAUACAUCCAACUAAAACGAUGGGUUAUUUAAGAAGUGAUGAUGAAGUUAUUCUAUCUUCUGAAGGUUUCGGAGAUAGGCUGGAGUUUAAGUUUCCGGGGGAAGGGAAGAGGGUCCCAAAAGCGCGCGCACUGGCGCCUAUGGGGCCCAGAAUACGGCCUACUGCAGUGCAGCCGAUAUUUGCGACAGCUACCCCUAGGAAAGAAGAAGGGAGACAGAACACAGAAAUCCAGAACAUUAUCACUGGCCUAGUAAAGUUGUUGAAUGGCAAUGUCAAUGUACAAGCCAAUUCUCAGCUUCUAAAUGGAAGACCUGGACGUCCAAUGGCUUCUAGGAUAAACAACAGAGGUCCUCCAAAGAUAUCUGAAGUUCCACCGCUUCCAGACUUUGAUGCUCCGAUAUCUCCACCUCCGCAUCACUUCCAUCCGACUAAAACUCCUCCUCCAUACCCAUUUGACAGGCCACCUGUAUACGUAAACCUUCCAGAACAGAUAGUGCCACCAAUAAACAGGCCUGGAUUCCACAGGCCCAUGCCUCCAUGGCAGAGACCAAGGCCUAGGCCACCAAACCGAAGGCCGAAUCCAAAUCUACCAAUGUACAAACCAAAUCACCCACCACCGCAUACUAUACCAGAUAUUCCUGAAAUUCCGACCAAACCAGAUGAAACUAUUAGUGAAAAUGAAACCACACAUUCAGAAAAUACUCUCCAUCAUGAGAAUGCUGAUAGUUCUGAAGUCUCCAUAGAAGUUAAUACGACAGAACUUACAACAACUAGUGAAGAAGAAGAUUUAACAACAGUUGCUGAUACUACAACUUCUUCUAGUACUACAACAACUACGACUACGACUACAACUACAACAGAAGCUCCAACAACAGAAAAAACUACAACAACACAAAAACCUACAACCACGACGACAACUACAGAAAAACCGUCAACAACAACAGAGAAAAAGAUUGAAAAACCCAAAGAAAAAGAUAAGAAAAAAGACACAAUAUUCAUUGACAAAGAAAAGACUAAAGAUAGAAUCAAAAUUGAUGAUAAACCUUUUAAUAAAACAAAUGUAACAAAAGAUGAUCUUUUAGAACAAGCCAUUCAGAUUAUUGAACCAUCUUUGCUCGAUAUAAAGUCUAGUACAUCUUCUACUGUCAGUCCGACUCCUACUGAGGGAUUGAUCAGUCAUGCGCCGUCAGUCAGUGUGAUGACAACUACGUCAUCAUCAUCAUCAUCUGCGUCUAUUCCUUUAUCAUCAUCUACGAGCUCUAUAGAGACAUCAUCGAUCAAUUCUGAACCGUUGCCAACUUCCCAAGGUACAAUACCAUAUCAUCCAUACCGACCCCGCCCUGGCAUCGUCCUGGAUGACACUGACUUCAAACCCCACGGUUCCCGGUACAGGCCUCAAGCUGAAGUGUCAGUCAUCACUGCCCCGGAGACCAGGCCGCCGGGGUACGGGGAGAUAUUCGAUGUGACUGUUUCUGCGAUACAGGGGUUGGGAGAAAAGGGGGGUGGUGCUUCUGUGCACAUCGAAAACGUGAACCUCUCAGGACACGAACACGACGACAUCAUAGUAUCACCCUCAGGAGAGCAAGGGUUCGUCUCCAUCGACGGCAAGAGGACGUACCUCAACCUCUUCGACAGCUCCACUCCUGGGCCCAGCAUCAGGCCUACUAGGGUGCAGAGUUUGCCUCAAUCUGGGGAGCAAGGGUUCGUCUCCAUCGACGGCAAGAGGACGUACCUCAACCUGUUCGACAGCUCCACUCCUGGGCCCAGCAUCAGGCCUACUAGGGUGCAAAGCUUGCCUCAAUCUGGAGAACAAGGGUUCGUCUCCAUCGACGGCAAGAGGACGUACCUCAACCUGUUCGACAGCUCCACUCCAGGGCCCAGCAUCAGGCCUACUCGGGUGCAGAGCUUGCCUCAAUCUGGAGAGCAAGGGUUCGUCUCCAUCGACGGCAAGAGGACGUACCUCAAUCUCUUCGACAGCUCCACUCCUGGGCCCAGCAUCAGGCCUACUAGGGUGCAGAGUUUGCCUCAAUCUGUACCACCACUUCAAGCGCCACCACUAGCUCCGACCCUGGGCACCGGAGAAGCUAUUCCAGCGGACGACAUCCCCCUCCCCCCACCAGUUCGAAGACCAGGACACCAGCAUCCAGGACAUGGACACCAACAUGGUCAGCUGCAUCGACCGCAGCAGGGAUUUAGAAGACCACAGCCUACUGUCAGGAUCGACACUUGCAUCGUUGGAGACGACUCCACUUGUGACCAAGCUCAGAACGAGAAGUGCAGGACUGAAGCCGGUAUAUCCAGUUGUCAAUGUCGUCCGGGCUACGCUCGUCGCAUCCACCGGGAUCCCUGCAGACGAGUCGUGUCCCUACUCCUCAAUAUGAGGGUCGAUAGGCUUUAUGAUAGAAAGGUGGCUUGGGAUGCUAAACUAGCUGACAAGGAAUCAGAUCCUUAUCAACAACUAAGCUAUGAAGCUGUCAGAGCUGUGGACUCAGCAUUCUCCAUGACGCCCUUCUCGGAUGACUUCGUGAGCGGGUCCGUGAACUCGGUGCAUCAGGGAGACGAGAACAACCGCGGGAUUUACGUUAACUUGACUAUUUUGAUGCAAGAGACACCAGAAACUCUUCGCACAGCAAUCGGCACAGACAUACAGAAGCACCUCCUGGGCGUCAUCCGUCGCCGCUCCAACAACGUCGGCGCCUCCAACAUCUUUGUCGAUACCCCGGCCGGCAGCGUACUGCCUCUGCACGACGUGGACGAGUGUUCAUCACCAGAUCUGAAUGAUUGUCAUCAGCUAGCUACCUGCACUAAUACUUGGGGAGGUUUCAAAUGCCAAUGCCCCGAUACCACCCUGGACGCGUCCACCUCCCCGCUGAAGUCAGGCCGCGACUGCAGAUCCUGUGCAUCAUCACACUGCAACGACAGGGGCGUCUGCAAGUAUAAUAAUGGACAGCCUUAUUGCAGCUGUUCAUCAGGCUACUACGGAUCUACGUGCGAGGUAGACGGCGAGGUGGUGGGUGUGGCAGUGGGCGCGUCACUCCUUGCGGCACUCGUUAUAGCACUCACACUCGCCGCACUCAUGUCUUGGAGUCGUAAGUGGUCCCGCGAGCAAAAAGCGGCCGGCAUGGGAUCUCCUAUAUUCAACUACAUGGCUGCUAACACGAUAAAGACUCCCCCUGUGGGACAACCGCCUUAUCAGGUAACAUUGGAAGAAAGGAUGCGAUGGGCGCAGAUAGCUGAAGCAAUGGCACAAGCUAGUCAUUAUGCGCCGGAAGCUGCACAGAUGGCGACGCGGCCAUCGUCUGCGAUGUUUGGUGGAUAUCCCACAUUACCUCCAGUGCCAAUGCCCAGGAUGGGCAUGCACGGCGGACAUCACACCGGUACUCUGAACACCGUGACGUCACGCGCCAACACUGCUGCGUCACAUCACAACUUAUAUGGUUACACAAACCACAUGGCAACUGAAUCUACAAGUUCCGAAGCAUCCAGUCACGUGCAAGAGAGAGCUGAUCUAUUAGUGCCCAGACCCAAAUCUAGAGCCAGGAGUAUGCAUAAUCAAACCGGUAUAUACUACGAUGUUGAGUACGAAAAUGCUCCAGAAGCGAUAUACGGCACUAAAGGUAUCCCACUUUCUACCUACACCGUCAGUCGGGGUCCACCCUUCUACAGAACAUAGUAUUUGUAAGUAUCGUUGGCCUAAUCUUUUUACUUGUAAAAAAUGGUGCUUGAAAUUCCCAAAAAUAAUGUCGGAAUUUUCGGAAACUAAAAUUGAGAAUUUUAUUUUUGGAUUGAAAAGUAAAAUUGUGGAUUUU